AUGUCGACGUUGGGACGCAAAACGCCGGGUCCCGAUGGGAAGAAGAAGGAGUCAUUUGUGGACAAAUUGACGGGAACUUUGGGUAGAAAAAAGAAGAAUCCGACCGAAAAUGAGGAAGCGAAUGAAGAUGAUGAGGUUGUGAAGGUUGAAUUAGAAGGUCGCGAAGCGCUCGAUUCAUCUCUUAUCCCAUUUUCCGCCAAGAAUAAUUGGUUGGAUGAAGGCGAGACCCGUCGAUAUUUGUCGAAAGAGUGCGCAAAAGACCCGGAACUGGGGCAAGUUGUCAAUUUAUUAAUUUACUGGCUGAACGAGGAGCUCGCCGAGCAGCGAAUCGUCGUCAAGAAUCUCCAAGAGGAUUUGUACGAUGGUCAAAUCAUUCAGAAGCUUCUCGAAAAGCUUGAACAGAUUCGGAUUGAGGUUCCCGAAGUGUCGCAAUCGGAAGAAGGACAACGUCAGAAGUUGCAAAUUGUCAUUGAAACGGCUAACAAAAUUCUUGGAAGUGGAAUGGAGUCGGACAAAUGGAACGCCGAUCUCGUCCAUCAAAGGGAUCUCGUCGCGAUAAUGCAGCUUCUCGUUGCACUGGCUCUUCAUUAUCGCGCGCCCAUUCGAUUUCCGGACAAUGUUACGGCGAGUGUGGUGAUCGCCACGAAACAGAACGGGAAAGUCAACUCGCAUCGAAUCACCGAGCAAAUUACCACUGUUCAAACCGAAUUGGCGCCAAAGGGCGAACGCGACGCCUUCGAUACCCUAUUCGACUACGGACCUGAUAAAUUGGCGCAUGUGAAGACGUCGCUUCUCGCGUUCUGCAACAAGCAUCUCAACAAAAUCAAUCUCGAAGUCUCCGAUUUGGAUUCGCAAUUCCAGGACGGCGUCUAUCUCGUGCUUCUCAUGGGACUUCUUGAAGGAUUCUUCGUCCCAUUGUACUAUUUCCAUCUUCAGGUUCAAAGUCAUGAAGAGAAGGUGAAAAAUGUGAAAUUCGCUUACAAAUUGAUGGAAGACGCAGGCCUUCAGAAGCCUAGAAGCCGAGUUCAAGAUAUCGCGAAUGGAGACGUUAAGAGUACAUUACGCCUUCUACACUUGCUCUUCACCAAAUACAAACAUAUUUAA